UUGAUGAGAUAGUUAUAAUUUAACUAAAAAUUAUGGCAGAAUAUGGUCUAUCAGAAGAACAGGUGGCAGAGUUUAAGGAGGCGUUUAUGUUGUUUGAUAAAGAUCUGGACGGAAGGAUAACCGCAACUGAAUUAGGAAUUGUUAUGCGAUCUUUAGGACAACGACCCACAGAAACUGAACUUAAAAAUAUGGUCACAAUGGUUGAUCAGGACGGCAAUGGAACCAUUGAAUUCAAUGAGUUUCUACAUAUGAUGUCUAAAAAAAUGAAAGAGACGGACAAAGAAGAGGAAUUGAGAGAAGCCUUCAGAGUAUUUGAUCGAAAUGGUGACGGAUUUAUCAGUGCAUCGGAAUUAAGACAUGUUAUGACAAAUUUAGGCGAAAAACUAACCGAUGAAGAAGUUGAAGAUAUGAUCAGAGAAGCAGAUCUCGAUGGCGAUGGUUUAGUUAAUUACGAUGAAUUCGUAACUGUAUUGAUGGCACCCAAAUAAAACACAACAAAUGGAUUAUUCAUAAAUUAAAAUAAUGAGUAAUUGGAUUUA